AUGUCGUCUUCGCUGCAGCAGAUCAUCAGUCUACCUGCUCCCCCCUCAGAAGGAAGCUCCAGCACGCAGCAGUACCUCAUCUUCUUCGUUCCAGGGAGUCCCGGACCGGCUGCGUACUAUCGAUCAUUCCUCUCUAGCCUUCACGCAUCCCUUCACGACGGCUCGACCACGAAGCGCGCUACCUUCGAGAUCCUGGCCGAAAGUCUCUCAGGGCCAGGAGCCGCUGCGGACGAGUUGCCCUCCGUUUCCUCAAUGACCAGUGGAGUCGAACACAUGGAAGCUGUGUUGCUUGAUCGGGUGUCUACACUGGCAUCAGGUCGAGAAGGCAACACGCCGGUCAAGGUCAUCAUGGUCGGUCACUGUGCUGGCGCGUAUGUUGUGCUGGAGCUGCUCAAGCGAUGGCAGCAGGAUGCAUCGCACGAGAAAGGAUAUGGUUUCACAGUUGCUGGGACGGUGUGUCUAUUCCCGUCGGUGGCGAUGAAGACGGUUGGUGGAGCUGUGUCUCAGACAGUGCUUACCUUGCUGUCGAACUCAGCACUAUUUGUCCAUCAUUCGGUCAAGCUCCUCCUAUUUCUCGUUCCGUCCGCUGUCAUCGACACAUUGCUGCGCAGCACCACUGGUCUAUCUGGCAAUGCUGCCAAGGUGACUAAAGAGAUGAUGGGGAGCCAGUGGGGCAUCUAUCAAGCACUUCAGAUGGAAGACCAAAAGAGUGGCCGCUGGGACGACGCCAUCUACAGCUCCAACUCUGCUCCGACUUCGCCUACGUACAUGCUGUUCGGUCAGAACGAGGGCGAGCCCGAAGUAGGCCGAGGUCAUGGAAGGCUGGACCCGGUUGCCGGAAUCAACAAAUCUCAGCUACCUAACCACUUCUUCACGACUCAAAAAGACAGUGAGACCGUGGCAAGCCUAGUGAAAGAGUACAUCGGAGAAAUCGUGAAACAGGACAACAGCAUUUAA